GCCAGCUCUGGGGCGGGGCCUUGCCGUGGGCGGGGCCUCCCCGAGUUCCGGAGUGGAGUGUCUGGCUGCCUUUGCUGGAUCCGAGAUGCAGCCGCCGCCCCGGAAAGUGAAGCCGGCCCAGGAGGUGAAACUUCGCUUCUUGGAGCAGCUGAGCAUCCUUCAGACGCGGCAACAGAGGGAGGCGGAUCUCCUGGAGGACAUCAGAUCCUACAGCAAGCAGAGGGCAGCCAUUGAACGGGAGUAUGGCCAGGCACUCCAGAAGCUGGCUGGGCCAUUCCUGAAGAGGGAAGGGCAGCGCAGUGGGGAGGUCGCCAGUAGGGGCAGGACAGUGUUUGGUGCCUGGCGCUGCCUACUGGAUGCCACUGUGGCUGGAGGCCAGACCCGGCUCCAGGCGUCUGACAGAUACCGUGACCUCGCAGGGGGCACGGGGAGGAGUGCCAAGGAACAGGUGCUUAGGAAGGGGACAGAGAGUCUCCAGCGGGCACAGGCUGAGGUGCUACAGUCCGUCCGGGAACUGAGCCGAAGUCGGAAGCUCUAUGGGCAGCGAGAGCGAGUGUGGGCCUUGGCACAGGAGAAGGCAGCUGAUGUCCAGGCCAGACUGAACAGAAGUGACCAUGGGAUCUUCCACUCUCGGGCCAGCCUCCAGAAACUGAGUACCAAGCUGUCGGCCCAGUCAGCCCAGUAUUCCCAUCAGUUGAGAACAGCCCGCAAUGAGUACCUGCUGAAUUUGGUGGCCACCAAUGCUCACCUUGCCCACUACUACCAAGAGGAGCUGCCAGACCUGCUCAAGGUCCUGGUCAGUGAGCUGUCAGAAUACUUGAGGGACCCCCUCACAUUAUUAAGCCACACCGAGCUGGAAGCUGCAGAGAUGGCCCUGGAACAUGCCCGCCAUGGGGGACAGGCAACUUCUCAGGUAAACUGGGAACAGGAUGUGAAGCUGUUUCUUCAGGGGCCUGGAGUCUUUUCCCCCACGCCACCUCAGCAGUUCCAGCCAGCAGGGACGGAUCAGGUGUGUGCCCUGGAGCGGGGAGCAGGAGGCUUGGCUGGUGAGAGUGGCCUGGAGAAAGAGGUUCAGCGCUGGACAAGCAGGGCUGCCCGGGACUACAAGAUCCAGCAUCAUGGGCAUCGGGUGCUGCAGCGACUGGAGCAGAGGCGUCAGCAGGCUCCGGAGCGAGAAGCCCCAGGCGUAGAACAGAGGCUACAGGAAGUGAGGGAGAGCAUCCGACGGGCACAGGUGAGCCAGGUGAAAGGGGCCGCCCGGCUGGCCCUGCUGCAGGAGGCUGGUCUAGAUGUGCAGCGCUGGCUGAAGCCAGCCAUGACCCAGGCCCAGGAUGAGGUGGAGCAGGAGAGACGGCUUAGUGAGGCUCGGCUGUCCCAGAGGGACCUCUCUCCCACGGCUGAGGAUGCCGAGCUCUCUGACUUUGAUGAAUGUGAGGAGGCCGGGGAGCUCUUUGAAGAGCCUGCCCCCCCAGCCCUGGCUACCAGAUCCCUCCCCUGUCCUGCGCAUGUGGUGUUUGGCUACCAGGCAGGACGUGAGGAUGAGCUGACUAUCACAGAGGGUGAGUGGCUGGAGGUCAUAGAGGAAGGAGAUGCCGAUGAAUGGGUUAAGGCUCGGAACCAGCAUGGCGAGGCAGGCUUUGUUCCUGAGCGAUAUCUCAACUUCCCGGAUCUCUCCCUCCCUGAGAGCAACCAUGGGAGCCACAAUCCCUCAGGAGCAGAGCCCACAGCGUUCCUGGCCCGUGCCCUGUACAGCUACACCGGGCAGAGUGAGGAGGAGCUAAGCUUCCCUGAAGGGGCACUCAUCCGCUUGCUGCCCAGGGCUCAAGACGGUGUGGAUGAUGGCUUCUGGAGGGGAGAGUUUGGGGGCCGUGUUGGAGUCUUCCCAUCCCUGCUGGUGGAGGAACUGCUUGGGCCCCCAGGGCCACCUGAACUCUCUGACCCUGAACAGACGCUGCCAUCCCCUUCCCCUCCCAAUUUUUCCCCUCCUGCACCCACCAGUGCCUUGGAAGGAUCCACUGCACCUGUUCUGCCUGCAGACAAAGCCCUAGACUGCCCAGGCCCCCUGGACAUGAUGGUGCCUCGACUCAGGCCGAUGCGUCCACCACCUCCCCCACCAGCCAAAGCCCCAGAUCCUGGCCAUCCAGAUGCUCUCACCUGAAGGCCAUGGCGUCACUGCCCCCCAGUAAUGCUGCUGCCCCUAUCUCCAUGCUGACAGAAACCAAGCCCUCAACGAUCUGGAGCGAAAAAGGCAAAACCUGCAGUGUUCCCCAUGUCCAGGGGUAGAAAGUGACCCUGUUCCCAUUUCUGGGAUUUGAACCCACUCCUUUCCCCCAUUGUUCUCCUGUUACUCUAGGCUGGAACUAUACCUUUCACUUUUUGUCAUCACCCCAUAUCUAGGGUGGUAAAAUAUCCCAAAACCUCUGGGGCUGGAACCCACUCCUUAAAGCCUUGUACAGCUCUGGCUCAUAUGUCUUCACUCUGCCUCGGUGGCCAAGCCCGCCCUGAAUGCCGGGGUCAUGAGGCCUGGAGCCAGGAGAGGAGCAGAUCUCGGGAGUCAGAAGGAGCUCAAGCCAGGAUGCAAAGCAACUGUAAUGGUCUGAGCAGAUUUAUUGACAGUGAAUAAAGGCAUGAAGUCCAAGCUGGGGCCUGGGCCUCUUGUGCCAAGAGGGCAGGGAGCCUAAGGUGCUAUUGCUUUGGGGCCCACCACGGGUGGGGCCUGGUCCCAGCCGCCACACUCUUGCAUGUGGAGUGAGGUUUUGGGGAAGCAGGCCAGGCAACCUGUUGGCGGUAGGGAAAGGAAAAAGAAUGAGGGGAUGGGCGUUGGGAGGCACUGCUCCUGAGGUCUCUCAGCCUGGGGCCGUGUCACUCCAGGUAGAAGUAGAGCUGGUCCCUCAGCUGAGGAGCAGUGCUGUCCAGAGGAGGGGAAGCCUUCACGGCUGUCCAUACCCUGGCAAUGCAUCAGCAUAUCAGCACAGUGAAGACUGAGGCUUCAAGGAAGGAGUGGGGACAGUGUUGCUUCCUCUUCCAGCUCUGAUCCUCUCGUUCCCCAGAUUGCAUCUAACCCUGCAGGACCUCUAUGCCCACCACAAGGAGUCUGUAACACACACUAAGCUUGUAGGGAGGGUUCAGGGAGUUUAGGUAGAGGGUGGGAGGAUGAGGUUACCUGGUAUCGAGACUCGCCUCACAUACCCCCUGCUUCUGGCGGUAGAGGCUCCUGAGAGAAGGGCAAGUAUCAGUGGGGGCAGGGGGCGGGUCACCAGUGUUGCCCAGCAUGGGGACAGUAAGACGUGUCCACCACUGCCCAGUGAAGCCCUGGCCAUGUCUUCAUACCUGCUGACCUGAGGUGUCCAGUUUGCUUGGCUGUCCAUUUGCUUCUUGACUAGGCAGCCCUGGGCUUGGGCCUCUUCCUCUGGUGCCCAGGGUCAGUUCUGCAGAGGUUCCGGGGGUUGCCUCAAGUGUACUAGGGAUUAGGCUAUCAUCCUUGAGUCCUCCAUUCUGCACUGGCUGGGUGACUACGGCCUGGGAGGAUGGUGUCUCAGGGAGCAACCUCUCAGUGGCAGCUGUCCCUGUUCUAGGCUGCCCUCCCCCAGCUACCUGACUGGCCCCUGGUUCCUGCACCCCCCCAGAGCCCCAGCUUCUGUCUGUAGGGGAACCAUCCCGGUGUUCAUGUAGGCCAUAGCGCUUCUCAAUGUGUGUCACUCGGAAUCUGGAUGGGAAGAGAACACUGCGACUUAGGACUGCAGCUCAAGUGUCACCUAACCCGCCCUCCCUGGGGGUGAUGGCAACUUCUCCAACCUGGGGUAGGGAAGCCACCUGAAACUGUGGGACACUUAAUGCAGCCUGACCCUGCUGCAGUUGCUCAGUUGCUCAGAGGAAAGAAUCGGGCCCCACCUUUGGCAGACAGGAUUACUGGGCACCAACUUAACCUCCAUUUUUUUGAACUACUGUGUUCCCACCUGCCCACUGAGAAUACAGUGGUCUCUCCGGGCCUGGGGCGGCCUUUUCCCUCCUUAGAGCGGCCCUGGCGGACAAGUGGGGGUCUCUUGUUGCGGCUACAGUGAAUGCAAGGAGCUGCAGAGCCAAGAUGCACCGUGUGAUGAUGGGAAGGAGCUCCAUCCUGCAGACUGGAGGUGGCAUCCACACUGGGCCACAGGAAGAAAGGGAGCAGAAAUGAUAUUUCCAUUUCCCUUCCUGCCAUUUCCUUCUGUUCUUUCAGCAGGCUCUUUAAGCCCCCCCCAAGCCCCACCUUCUCCUGGUUCCAACAUCCUUUUGUCUUUAGUAAAUUUAGUGUUAAACCA